AUGAACUACCAGGAUGCUUACAUUCAAGAGAAGAAGAGAAAAUUGAGUCAGGAAAUGGACCAAGAAACAAUUAAAGAAACACUCUUGAAUGUUGAGCAAAAAGAAGAUGUUGAAGAGUUGAUGAAGGAAACUGAUGUUGAUAUUGAGAAUAUUGCUUCUCAUGCAAAUCAAUUAAUCACUAAUACCAUUGACGAAUUAGAACGCAAGAAUAGAGCCUUAAUUAUUAUUGAUGAAUUUUUGCAAAAUGAAAAUGCAGAGUUGAAAAAGAGUUAUAGAGAAAUUGAAAAGGAAAAUCAAGCUUUGAAGCAGGUUUUGAAGAAUGAUUUCCAAUCCAACUACAAGUACAUUAAAAAGCCAUACAUGUAA